AUGUCCUUGCUUCUCCCUCAUACUCUUCAAAAAAUCAUAGCAUCUCAUUCAAGCUCCGUGGGCAUGUCGGACUCCUUAGGCAGCUUUGGCAUUCUUCCACCCGAGAUCAGGGACAAAGUCUAUGGGCACAUUUUUUUACCACGUUAUCUGAUUUUUGACCGGCGCUAUGCAAGAGAGUGGACCGAGAGCCCGACACUGGCGAUCCUACGCGUGUCCAAAGCCAUUUACCAUGCAGCCCUUAAGAUCCUCUUUUCGGAAUCAACAUUCCAUCUCCACUUUGUUUGGGACGAAAAGCACUUUCUCAUUCAUGAGAUAAAGCCACCAAUGAUCGGCAGAGAACUGCUAGACAUCGACGUUGACACAUUCCACAAGAUGAAAAACGUCGCUCUCACAGUGGAAAUAAAUUCAUACAACUUCGAUUUUAAUGCAUCUCAUAAAGUGACAGACUUCGAAAUUUCUACAUUCCGCUGGUUGAGGCAGCGGUAUGGAGAUCAAAGUCCACUUCGCAACCACAUGACCAUCACGCUCAUUGAUAUGGAGCAUGACGUAAGCGAAUGGAUCGCAGGCUAUGCUAAACAAUUGGUCUCUAGCUCGUGCCAUUCCAAGACAGUCGAACUUGUGGUACGGCAAGGUUGGCCUGAGAGUCUCCCCGACUGGGCUUCGGCUUCGCACAUGGAAAGUGAUUGCGAUUUCGCUCUGGACUACAUCAUGGCGUAUUUGGAGCCUACGCUGGGGAUGUGUGGUGUUGUUGGAGAGUUUAGGAUAUUGCAAGCUCAGUUCGUUGAGAAGAUGGUGACUUUUCGUCGAAAUAAAAUGUUAGGAGUACGAGCCAGGGAAGCUCACUGCCAUAGCUGA